AUGAGAGGAGGAGGUCUGUCGUCAUGGGAGGAGGAGGUCUGUCGUUAUGAGAGGAGGUCUGUUGUCAUGAGAGGAGGAGGUCUGUCGUCAUGGGAGGAGGUCUGUCGUCAUGAGAGGAGGAGGUCUGUCGUCAUGAGAGGAGGAGAGGAGGAGGUCUGUCGUCAUGAGAGGAGGAGGUCUGUCGUCAUGAGAGGAGGAGGUCUGUCGUCAUGGGAGGAGGUCUGUCGUCAUGAGAGGAGGUCUGUCGUCAUGGGAGGAGGUCUGUCGUCAUGGGAGGAGGUCUGUCGUCAUGACAGGAGGAGGUCUGUCGUCAUGAGAGGAGGAGAUCCCAUGUACGUGUGGCAGCAGUCUGCGGAGGAUGUGACGGUGCAUGUGCGGCUGCCCCGGGGCGUGACCAAAGACUCGGUGCAAUUCCGUCUGACGGCCGACAGUGUCAGCGUGAGCGUCCCGGGCGCCACGCCGCUGCUGCGAGGAACACUGUUCGCCGCCGUGGACCCUGAGGCCAGCGCCUGGAUCCUCAAAGACUCCAGUCUGGAGGUGACGUUACAGAAGCGGACAGAGGGGGCGCUGUGGCCUGAGCUGGUGUUGGGCGACAGAAGAGGAGAGUUAGUGAUGAGCGAGGAGCAGACGGCACAGAUCCACGAGAGACUGAAACACCUCACAGCAGAAGACCUGGUAUCGGGCGAUGAUGUGGACAAACCGGCGUGUAACUCUCAGGAGCUGGAGGACUGUGAUGGAUUCCCCGAUGACAGCUUCAGCCUGGUGCAUUAUGACGGAGAAUCACUGAAGCCUACUCGAGUGGUGAACCUGGGGAGUCACCAGUUCCUGUUCUCGGUGCAGUCCGACCCCAGCCUGAUGCCGUGCCUCUGCCUCAGGCACGAUGUGGACGCCUUGGUGUGGCAGCCGCGGCCACAGACGCCUGAGCACCUGUGGGAGCACGUGGCCACCUUCAAUGCUCUCGGCUACGUCCAGGCGUCCAAACGGGAUAAGAAGUUUUCCACGUGUGCUCCUAACUUCUCGUACGCCGCUCUGGGCGAGUGUCUGCGGCGAGCGUUCAUUUACCGUCAGCCGGCGCCGGUGGAGACGGUGCUGUUCAACCGGAGGCAGGGCCGGCAGGUGGCACAGGUGGCCCAGCAGCAGGUCUCCAGCCUGGACUCGGACCGGUCCAUCCUGGGGUUCAGGGCCACCAACCAGAGGCUCUACAUCCUCACCUCCAGCACUCUCUACGUGCUCAAGUUGUUUUUAGAUCUGGAACAGCUGUUAAACUUGUCUCCGUCCUGUCAUGAUCAAAUGAAACUUUUUAUCACAACACUCACUGGUCCUGAAGUCUACAGCACUGACGAGGUCCUCCUCUGGACCGGGUUUCAGACUGGUCCUGAAGUCUACAGCACUGACGAGGUCCUCCUCUGGACCGGGUUUCAGACUGGUCCUGAAGUCUACAGCACUGACGAGGUCCUCCUCUGGACCGGGUUUCAGACUGGUCCUGAAGUCUACAGCACUGACGAGGUCCUCCUCUGGACCGGGUUUCAGACUGGUCUAAAAACCCGAACUCUGGAAUCUCCAGGUGGAUCUCAGGUGGAUCUCAGGUGGACCUCAAGUGGACCUCGGGUGGCCCUCAGGUGGACCUCAGGUGGAUCUCAGGUGGACCUCAGGUGGGUCUCAGGUGGGCCUCAGGUGGGCCUCAGGUGGACCUCAGGUGGACCUCAAGUGGGCCUCAGGUGGACCUCAGGUGGAUCUCAGGUGGACCUCAAGUGGACCUCGGGUGGCCCUCAGGUGGACCUCAGGUGGGUCUCAGGUGGGCCUCAGGUGGGCCUCAGGUGGACCUCAGGUGGAUCUCAGGUGGACCUCAGGUGGAUCUCAGGUGGACCUCAGGUGGGUCUCAGGUGGGCCUCAGGUGGGCCUCAGGUGGACCUCAGGUGGAUCUCAGGUGGACCUCAGGUGGGUCUCAGGUGGAUCUCAGGUGGGCCUCAGGUGGAUCUCAGGUGGGCCUCAGGUGGACCUCAGGUGGGCCUCAGGUGGAUCUCAGGUGGGCCUCAGGUGGGCCUCAGGUGGGCCUCAGGUGGAUCUCAGGUGGGCCUCAGGUGGAUCUCAGGUGGAUCUCAGGUGGAUCUCAGGUGGGCCUCAGGUGGGCCUCAGGUGGACCUCAGGUGGAUCUCAGGUGGGCCUCAGGUGGGCCUCAGGUGGGCCUCAGGUGGGCCUCAGGUGGACCUCAGGUGGGCCUCAGGUGGGCCUCAGGUGGACCUCAGGUGGAUCUCAGGUGGGCCUCAGGUGGACCUCAGGUGGGCCUCAGGUGGGCCUCAGGUGGACCUCAGGUGGGCCUCAGGUGGACCUCAGAGCCCCCUCCCCUCUGAACCCCCUCGUUACUGCGCCCCCCUCCCUCAGAGCCCCCUCCCUCAGAGCCCCCUCCCUCAGAGCCCCCUCCCUCAGAGCCCCCUCCCUCAGGACCCCCUCGCUACUGCGCCCCCUCCCUCAGGACCCCCUCGCUACUGCGCCCCCUCCCCUCAGGACCCCCUCGCUACUGCGCCCCCUCCCUCAGGACCCCCUCGUUACUGCGCCCCCUCCCCUCAGAACCCCCCUCUGUACUGCGCCCCCCUCCCUCAGGACCCCCCUCGCUACUGCGCCCCCUCCCUCAGAACCCCCUCUGUACUGCGCCCCCUCCCUCAGGACCCCCUCGUUACUGCGCCCCCUCCCUCAGGACCCCCCUCUGUACUGCGCCCCCUCCCUCAGGACCCCCUCUGUACUGCGCCCCCUCCCUCAGAGCCCCCUUGUUACUGCGCCCCCUCCCUCAGGACCCCCUCUGUACUGCGCCCCCUCCCUCAGGACCCCCUCUGUACUGCGCCCCCUCCCUCAGAGCCCCCUCCCUCAGGACCCCCUCGUUACUGCGCCCCCUCCCUCAGGACCCCCUCGUUACUGCGCCCCCCUCCCUCAGGACCCCCUCUGUACUGCGCCCCCUCCCUCAGGACCCCCUCUCUGUACUGCGCCCCCUCCCUCAGGACCCCCCUCUGUACUGCGCCCCCUCCCUCAGAGCCCCCUCCCUCAGAGCCCCCUCCCUCAGGACCCCCUCGUUACUGUGCCCCCCUCCCUCAGGACCCCCUCGUUACUGCGCCCCCUCCCUCAGGACCCCCUCGUUACUGCGCCCCCUCCCUCAGGACCCCUCGUUACUGCGCCCCCUCCCUCAGGACCCCCUCGUUACUGCGCCCCCUCCCUCAGAACCCCCUCGUUACUGCGCCCCCUCCCUCAGAACCCUCUCGUUACUGUGUUUUUCUGAUCAAGAAUAAAAGAUCGUUAAUUCAUCCCAAAGUGGGAGAAUUUCCAGUGUUUGCAUCGUCAGUCACGUCUGUCCUCACCUGA